GCUGUGGUAACUAGUGACGACCGAGGAGGCUGUUGGAGCAACAUGGCGCCGCACAGCAAAGCAAUCCUACACGCCUUAUCGUCUCACGUUACCGGAGCUUGUCAGAACUGAGGGGCGAUCAGAGGACAGACGACCACCACAUUGGCACACCACCGAGCCUUGCUCCCAUUCCUGGGACUAAACACGGUUCAAAGUAUUUCUGUACAGGUCCGAGUGCGCCCAUGCAGAACCACAUGAAAUGAAUAAAGCACCACAGCCUAUAACGGGACCCCCCUCUGCCACCCACCCUGCCCCCUCCCCCGGAAUCCAACAGGCCACCUUCCCUCCUGGACAACCCCCCUCUGUUGUCUUUGCCACCCCACCUCCACAAAUGAACCCAGCACCACAGCACCGACAGUUUGCCCCCGGGCCCCGUGCUUUACAUCAACAGGGAGGAUUCAGGUCACUGCAGCCGUACUACAGCCGGCCCAGUCUGCCCAGCAAUGCCCCCCGGGUGCCCCCCAGCAGCACGCCGAGGCCUGUGGCGCCCACACACGUCUACCAGCCGGGCCAACAGAUGAUGAUGAUCCCCUCACAGCAGAUCCCCUUCCCCAACCAACAGGGCCCCGCCUACUUCAUACCCGGACAGUACCGGUCAACGUACGUGGCCACCCCUCAGCAGUACCCGGUCCCACCGGGCACUCCAGGCUUCUACCCAGGCACCAGCCCAGCUGAAUAUGGUACUUAUGCAGGGGCAUACUACCCGGCCCAACAGCAGUACACGUCCUCCGUGCCGGCUGCUCCAGUCAUCAUGAACCCUCCCCCCCAGCAGCAGCAACCACCUCCACAGCAACAGAUCCACCCCAAAAGGGAGCGCAAACAGAUCAUAAUACGAGACCCUAACCAGGGUGGUAGAGACAUCACUGAGGAGAUUAUGUCAGGGGGCACCCGCAGUGGCACCACCCCCACACCCCCACAGGUGAGCGACGACUCUUCAGAGUCGUCUAUAUCUGGAUCAGAGGGCCCAGCCGUUGGCCAGGCCGACGGGGAGAACGUGACACCUGUCGUGGUCAGACCAGAUGACCGAGGGAAUCCUGCAGCCACUCUCAUAACUGUCCCCCCAGCCCUGUCUAAAACCCCUGAACUGGUCAAGACUUACCCUGCCCCAACAGAGGUCAAACUCCCAGACACAAACAGUAAAUCCCCUUCCUUAUCCCAGGACCUACCCACACCCCCGUCGGUAACUACCACCCACCACACUACUGUCCCUACUACCCCCCAACCCUCAACUAGUCCUAUUGCAGACAUGAUGGAUGCUCCAGCCGCUGCUCCAGCCCCAUCUGCCCCUGAAGUGCCCGCUUACCCUGCACCCCUGCCUGAACCCCGCCCCACUCCUGCAGCUGAGGAGCAUCCCUCAGCUGCCAAGGAGGAGCGGGAGGAAGUGAAGAUUAAAGAGGAGGUGGCGGAGGCUAGGCUGGAGGUGACUACAUCAUCCAAACCUGAGCCUUCCCUUGCUCCAGUGAUCACCCCUAGCAGCAGCACUAAUGGUAUCUCUGCCACCCAGCCACCCCCAGCCAAGGAGGAGGAGCCAGCAGCCCUGAUCAUCAACAUGCCCACCCCCAGGCAGCAGAACCCCCGGAGUCUCCCAUCGCCCAGCCAGAGGAGCUCAGGCUGCCCAAUGGCCUGCCGCUCCCCAGCCCCCAGGACCCUGAGAAGAUGUCUGCGGAGUCGUCGGAGUGUGACGUCAGCCCCAUUGCUGAGCCUGAGGUGGCUCAGUUACAGAGCGAGGCACCUGCCUAAACUGACGCCUGUUGCAGUCACAGCAACGCCCGCCCCAAUUGUCAAGGCGACGCCCACCCCCGUUGCCCAGGCGACGCCCGCCCCCAUUGCCCAGGCACCGCCUGUCCUAGCUGAGACUGCUACUACUACAGUUGUAACUGCUCCCCGUGUAGAAGACGAGAUGGACUCACCACCACCACAGAGCACCACCCCAGCCGGGGAGAGUUCUAUGCAAGCUGCUGUUUCUGUGCCAAAAAAAAAGAGGAAGAUGAAGGAUCUGAACAAGAAGGAGGCUGUUGGAGACCUCCUGGAUGCCUUUAAGGAGGAGCAGGUAGUGGAGAGCACUCCUGAGCCAGAGCAGGCCACACCCACUUCUGCCUCUGACGCUAAGGAGCCCCGCCCAGCAAACACCCCUGCAGUCGAAGAGGUGGAUGAGACGUGGGAGGAGAAGGAGGACAAACUGGAUGCAGAGAAUAUCGAACCCAAGCCAGAGGAUCUGAAGUACCAGUACAAAGAGGAACUAUGUAGGCCUAUAGACCCAGAGGAGAAGAAGAGGUAUGACAGGGACUUCCUGCUGGGCUUCCAGUUCAUCAGUGCCGCCAUGUCCAAGCCUGAGGGCCUACCUCAGAUCAGUGACGUGGUGCUGGACAAGGCGAAUAAGGCCCCUCUCCGCCAGCUGGACCCCAGCCGUUUGCCAGGGAUGAACAUGGGCCCCGACUUCACACCCUCGUUUGCCAACCUGGGCAGGCCUGGAAUGGGAGGAGGUGGAGGUGGCCACAGAGGAGGACCACCCUCUGGUAUGGGUGGUGGAGGACCGCGUCGCUCCCAGCAGGGCCAGCGUAAGGAACCCAGGAGGAUCAUCAACAUCUCUUCGUCUCUGACAGAAGACGUGAAGCUCAACAAGGCUGAGAAGGCCUGGAAGCCCGCUGUCAAGAAGGCUACCAGUGGGCAAGCUGCUCCUGAGGAGGAGAGCGACGACUCGGAACAGGCCAAGACCCAGGAGCUGUUCAAGAGGGUCCGUAGUAUCCUGAACAAGCUGACCCCUCAGAUGUUCCAACAGCUGAUGAAGCAGGUCACAGAGCUGACCAUCGAUACAGAGGAGAGGCUGAAGGGAGUGAUAGAUCUGAUCUUUGAGAAGGCCAUCUCUGAACCCAACUUCUCCGUGGCCUACGCCAACAUGUGCCGCUGCCUUAUUGGGCUCAAAGUCCCCACUACAGACAAGCCGGGAGUCACUGUGAAUUUCCGCAAGCUGCUUCUGAACCGCUGUCAGAAGGAGUUUGAGAAGGACAAGGACGAUGAUGUAAUCUUUGAGAAGAAGCAGAAAGAGCUGGACGCUGCAGCCAUGGAGGAGAAGGAUCGCCUGAAGGCAGAGCUGGAGGAGGCCAAAGACAAGGCGCGGCGGCGGUCGCUAGGCAACAUCAAGUUCAUUGGUGAGCUAUUCAAGCUGAAGAUGCUGACGGAGGCCAUCAUGCACGACUGCAUCGUCAAGCUGCUGAAGAACCACGAUGAGGAGUCACUAGAGUGCCUCUGUAGACUCUUGUCAACUAUAGGGAAAGACCUGGACUUUGAAAAGGCAAAGCCACGUAUGGACCAGUACUUUGCCCAGAUGGACAAGAUCAUCAAGGAGAAGAAGACAUCGUCCAGAAUCCGCUUCAUGCUGCAGGACGUACUGGACCUCAGGAGGAACACGUGGGUCCCCAGGAGAGGAGAGCAGGGCCCCAAGACCAUAGACCAGAUCCACAAGGAUGCUGAGCUGGAGGAGCACAGGGAGGUUCUCAAGGUGCAGCAGCAACUCCUCAACCAGAACACCCGAGGAGGAGUUGGAGGACGUGGUGGUGGAGGAAGAGAUCAGGGGAGCCGCGGGGGCCAACACCCCCAGACGGGCCAAAGGAGUCAGCCCCAGGACGAGGGCUGGAACACAGUUCCCAUCUCCACCAAGAGCAGACCCAUCGACACCAGCCGACUCAGCAAGAUCACUAAGCCCGGGGCUUUGGACUUCAACAACCAGCUGCUGGCGCCCCAGCUCGGGGGUAAAGGCAUGUGGGGCAGCUGGGGCAAGGGCAGCAGUGGAGGCACCACCGGAGCCAAACCCGCUGGUGAAGCCACCCCAGAGUCAGGAGGCCGCCCAGCCACCAGCACCCUCAACAGGUUCUCAGCAUUGCAGCCACAGCAGCCCUCCUCCUCAGGGCCCUCACAUGACUCGGACAGAAGAGUUCCUCAGAGGAACAGCUCGAGCCGGGACCGUGGCAGCGACAGAUUCGAGCGUCAUGACCGUGGCAGCAACGACCGCUUCGACAGGCGGGAUGACCGGCGAGACGACCGGGACAGGAACCGGCCCCCAGUCACCAAGCGGAGCUUUAGCAGGGAGACGGAGGAGCACAGCAGAGAGAGGGAGCACCGCGGCCCUGCUGAUCCUGUACGCCGUGUAGCCAGCAUGACCGAUGACCGGAGCAGCAGAGACCGAGCCAGGAGCAAAGACAAUGUGAAGAGGGAAGCUGCUCUGACCCCCCCUCCUGCCCAGAACAAACCUGCCUUGAGUGAAGAAAUGCUGGAAAAGAAGUCCACAGCUAUCAUAGAGGAGUACCUACACAUCAACGACAUGAAGGAGGCGCUGCAGUGUGUAGUGGAGAUGAACAGCACCCCGCUGCUCUUUGUGUUUGUACGGAGUGGUCUAGAGUCCACUCUGGAGCGCAGCCCCAUCGUCAGAGAACGCAUGGGCCUGCUGCUGCACCAGCUGUACAAGGCAGGGACCCUGCCCAAAGAGCAGUACUACAGAGGGCUUCAAGAGAUACUGGAGGUGGCGGAGGACAUGGCCAUAGACGUCCCCCACAUCUGGCUCUACCUGGCUGAGCUUAUCACCCCUAUGCUUCACGAAGGAGGCAUCCCCAUGGGACAGCUCUUCAAGGAGAUAUCCAAGCCCCUGGUUCCUCAGGGGACGGCUGGAGUUCUGCUGGUCCAGAUCCUCACCUUACUCUGCAAAGGAAUGAGCCAUAAAAAGGCAGGUGCCAUGUGGAGGGAGGCGGGGCUUAGCUGGAAAGACUUUCUGCCUGAGGACGAGGACGUCAACAAGUUUGUGACAGAAAAGAAUGUGGAGUUCACCCUGGGAGGAGGAGGAGGGGGAGAUGAUGAGACAGAGAAGAGCAGAAAGAAAGAGCUGAGCUCAGAGGAGCUGAACAAACAGCUGGACAGACUCAUACAGGACAAGGCUGACAACCAGAGGAUCUAUGAUUGGGUCGAGGCUAACCUGGACGAGACGCAGAUGUCCUCCAACAUGUUUGUCAGAGCAGUCAUGACAUCCAUCUGCCAGUCAGCCAUCAUCUGUGAGAACCCUUACAAGUUGGAUGCGAAGGUGAUCACCCGGAGGGCCAAGCUGCUCCACAAGUACCUGAAGGAUGAGCAGAAGGAGCUGCAGGCUCUCUACGCCUUGCAGGCCCUCAUGGUGGAGAUGGAGCAGCCUGCCAACCUGCUGCGGAUGUUCUUUGACACGCUGUAUGAUGAGGACGUGAUCAAAGAAGAGGCCUUCAACAAGUGGGAGUCCAGCAAGGACCCCGCAGAGAUGCAGGGUAAGGGUGUGGCCCUGAAGUCCGUCACCGCCUUCUUCACCUGGCUCCGUGAGGCCGAGGACGAGGAGUCUGACAACAACAGCUAGGACCUGCUGACCAGCGCCCCCUGAACUCUGGGAAGACCUGGAGGAGGAAAAAGAACAUCCUGUUGAGGAUGAUUCAGGAACAUGGGGCUGUUAGAAUCAACAAAAUCCUUCAACGUAAAAAAGAGGAAAAAAUCAGCUAGGAGAUUCUACUACGGAUUGAACAUACAAUCGUUUUUUGUUUUAUUUUCUUCAUUUUUGUUUAUUUUGCGCUGCCGAAUGUCUUCGAACUAAAUUGAGAAAGUAAUUGCGAGAGCGAUAAGCAUUACAACAAGCUGUAGGGGUGGCUGUUUCCUUCAGUGUUUUGAGGUUUUAUCCCUUGUUUUAAAGGCGUCGUGUUGCCGUAGCAACACUAUUCAUGAUGUUUAGCAAAACAACAAAUUAAAUCCCCAACAGACCGAACUAAUAAAGGCUGCUCAUAUAUAUAUUUUUGAUUACAUCAUAUAUCCUGUUGAAUGAGACAUGAUGGCCAUCAUGUUGAAUGUAUGAUUCUACACGACUCUGUCAGUGAUUUAGCUCUUUCUUUUUGAGUUUAGGAUGAUUGAAGUGUUUCUUUUUUUUAGAUAAAAGAAAAUAUGUAUAAAGAAAAGUGGACAUGCUGGAGCUCGUUUUGUUUAGGCAUUACAGUGUGGAGUCUGACUCCUGUGGACUUCCUGUCUGGUGGAGAGGGGCAGUGGGGCAAUGGACAAUGACCUUUUGCUGCUGGGGGUCACAAUGCUUCCUUAUGGCCAUGCUCGCCAACCCCAAUUUGUCCCGUGUUACUUUUUUCCUACACUUCCAAAAACUGUGGGUCUGGAAAGGGAGAACGGGCUUGCAACGACGUGGAUUUUUAAAAAGAGAACAUCAUAAUUCAAACUUGAAAGGUCUAUAUAUAAAUCAUCUUUAAAGAAGCAAUUUCAAAAGAGUAUAAAAUUACAUUCACAGUACGUUUCCUAAGGCUUUUUCUGCUUCCAUUUAGUGGAAAUGCAUUUCAGGAGAGUUCUGUAAUAUAUUGCUUUUUGGUUUUUCAAAAAUAAAAAUUCUAAUGUUAUACCAUGUAUUUUUUUUCCUGAAACAAAGUGGCAGUUCUCUGUAUUUAUAUUUCUCUCCUCAGCUAGCAGGUGCUUGUAAUGAUCCACCUGAAGUCAUUGAUUACAAUUUAAUUGAAUAUUUUGUAAAUACUUUUUUGCUUUCCUUUAUGAAGUAUUUAAUUAAGAAAAUGAAUGCCUCUUUUCAUAUCUAAAACUGGAAAAGAUAAUAAAGAACAUUGCAAAUAAGA